CACGCAUUAUUCAUCGAGAUAUUAAGUCAUCAAACAUCCUUCUUGAUCUCAACUAUGAAGCUCGAGUUUCGGACUUUGGGCUUGCAAAACUGGCAUUAGAUUCAAAUACACAUGUGACAACACGAGUAAUGGGAACCUUUGGGUACAUGGCACCAGAAUAUGCAACAAGUGGGAAACUAACGGAAAAGUCUGAUGUAUAUUCCUACGGUGUUGUGCUUUUGGAGUUAAUUACGGGUAGGAAGCCUGUAGAUGCAUCUCAACCAAUCGGUGAUGAGAGUCUGGUUGAAUGGGCUCGGCCUUUGUUGAGUGAAGCACUUGAGAAGGAGGACUUUGAAAUCUUGGUGGAUCCAAGACUGGGAAAGAACUACGACAGAAAUGAAAUGUUCAGGAUGAUCGAGGGUGCUGCAGCCUGCGUACGCCACUCGUCGGUGAAGAGGCCACGGAUGAGUCAGGUGGUGAGAGCUUUAGAUUCCUUAGACGAGUUUACGGAUCUGAAUAAUGGAAUGAAACCGGGGCAGAGUUCGGUGUUUGAUUCUGCACAGCAAUCUGCACAGAUCAGAAUGUUUAGAAGGAUGGCUUUUGGGAGCCAAGAUAGUUCAAGUUUCUUCAAUGAGUCUCAGAGUAGCUGGAGGAGUAGAGAUCAGCACUCAGCAACCAUGAUUUCCCAAAACAAAACUGGGUCUUGGAAUGUUUGAGUCUCAUAACUCAUUCACUCUUAAGGGAUUGCACAAAUUUUGAUUCAUGCACACGACACAACACAGUUUGCUGGUGGGACAUGUCCAAUGGUGUAAAUCUUGUUUUUACUAUUUUUGUUCUCAUUUUCCUAAUAUCAUGUUGCCUUCUAAGGCCCUUUCCAUUCUUUGUAAAUUAGGUUAUUUGUUGCGUAAAGCAAUGUAUUUAUUUAUGUAAAAUACUAUGUAUGAGUUCUAACACUUCCGAAUCUAACACAAAAUCACAAUGUACGCAGCUCUUUUUUA